AUGCUCACUGAAGAAUGCAGAGCAUUGAUUCAAAAGGGACUUCCCCCUAAACGUGAAGAUCCUGGGAGUUUCUUUCUACCCUGUGCCAUUGGUAACAUGACCAUCAGCAAGGCGCUGUGUGACCUAGGGGCUAGUAUCAAUCUGAUGCCCUCCCCUCUAGUGAAAAAGCUGCGCAUGAAAGAAGUGAAACCAGUACAGAUGUCUUUAGAAUUGGUGGACAAAUCAGAAGUGUACCCAAGGGGUAUAGUUGAGAACCUUCUUGUCAAAGUAGACAUAUUCAUUUUCCCUACUGAUUUUGUGAUCUUGGAAUCUGAUGAGGAUGAUAGUGACUCUAUUAUACUGGGAAGGCCAUUCUUGGCCACUGCUAGGGCCAUUGUAGACGUAGAAAAAGGAGAGUUGACCCUUAGGCUACAUGAUGAAAGUGUCACACUGAGUGUCUCUCCAUAA